AUGGAAAGUAAAUUAGAUAUCCCUCUUCAGCGAUCGUCUCUCCCUAUUGUGAAAAAAUAUGCACAACCUCUCAGUGAUAUCCUUAACACCAAAUUUGAUUGUGUGGCCACCUUUCAUGGGGUGGAUUUUGAGCAGGACCGGGGCAUCGUGAAGCACAGGGGGCCAGCUGCUGCCCCAGAGAAAAGAGUGUCUGUCACCCUACAUGCAGGUGUUAAGGUUUCUGUGUGGAAGGCUGAUCUCACCAAUUUCCAAGUGGACGCUGUGGUGAACGCAGCUAACAGCGGUCUUCAGCACCAUGGAGGUCUUGCACAAGCUCUGUCUGCUGCUGGUGGUCUAACAGUCCAAACAGAAAGUGAUUAUUAUGUUAAGAGAUUUGGUCCCCUGCAAACAGGAGAAGCAGUUGUCCUUGAUGCAGGGAACCUACCAUGCAAGAAGAUAAUCCACGUUGUGGGUCCUGAGCUGUCACAGAAUCCUAGCAAAAGUGAAGUGUCAUAUGCUGAACCACUGUUGAAAAAAGCCAUAUGCAGCAUUCUCGACAGAGUUAAAGAAUGCAAAUUGUCAACUGUUGCCAUUCCAGCUAUAAGCUCUGGAUUGUUCCACUUCCCACUGCCUUUAUGUGCAAAGACCAUAGUUUCAACUGUGAGAAGUUUUUAUGAAAACAUUUCACACAAAUAUCUUCCCAAAGAGAUUUUCCUUGUGAACAAUGACGAGCCCACAGUGAAGGAAAUUGAGAAAGCGUUCUAUCACAUAAUGGCCCCAGACAGACCCAGACCUUUCAGCCCCACAAUGGCACUCACAACCACAGCUGUUCCCAGAAGCUCAUCACCUAUCAUCCGCAUGGGAAAUGUCCACGUGACACUGAAGAAGGAUAGUAUUGAAGAACAAGAGACAGAUGUUAUCGUAAACACUGCAUCACCAGAGAGUGAUCUAAGUUCAGGUCAAAUUUCCAGUGCUAUAUUGAAGAAAGCUGGUUAUGAAUUGCAGAACGAAAUAAAGUGGGCCCGGAAGAAGGGGUAUGUUGUCCCCACAAAGGCCUACAACCUAAACUGUAAAGAGGUAUAUCACACUUUCUGUGUUAACAGAACACAGCAGAAUGCACAGAAGAUUCUUUUAGAUUCACUGAAAGAAUGCCUCUACAGGGCUGAUGCAAGUCAGUAUAAGUCUAUUGCUUUUCCUGCAAUCGGCACUGGAAACCUCGGGUUCUCCAAAGCAGAAGUUGCCAAAAUGAUGCUGGAUGUAGUGCUUGACUUCAGCCAGUAUCACCAAAGCAGCAUGACUGUUCACAUUAUCAUAUUUCCCUCUGACCAUCAAACAUUUCAGGCCUUUGAGAAAGAAAUGAGAUCUUACCAGCCAAAUAUAUCGAGCUUGAGCCUUGCACCAGAAGUGAUUUUGAGCUGUUUUUUUCUCCCAACAGCAGCAGCAGUGGACAGAAUGGACACCAGCAGAACUUCCGCUCCACAUAUCAGCCUGCUUAGCCAGUCUGGAGAAUCAGCAGCAGAGGCUGAGAGAUGGCUCACUGGCCUCUUUACCUCCACCCACUUUGAUAUCUGCAACAACCUCAUCCUGCACUUUGGCGAGAAAGAGCAUCAGCAGCUCGCUCGCUUAACCCAAACAGGGGUCGCCAUUGAGGAGUUUUUCACACAGGGACAUGCAUGCAUAACUAUAAAGGGGCAUUCACAGGAAGAGGCAGCCAAUGCUGUGUUGCAGGUAGAGGCCAUGCUCUGCAGCAUCCAGAAGGAGCUUAUCUCAGAGAGAGAAAAGGAAAUGAGUGUCUUGUUAGACACAAAAGUCUCCUCAGAACGACUGACUCUUUACCAUUCCAGCCUGGAAUUCUAUGAUCAAAAACCUGCCUUUCAACGUGCACAGCUGUCGAUCUUAAAGGUGGAAAAAGUGCAAAACCUGGCGCUAGAGAUGCUGUUCAAGCUCAAGAAGCAGCAGCUGCAAUGCUUGAGCUCUCAGACUAUGUUCCAACGCGUACCUGCACAGUUCUGUGAGAUGAUCAGCCGCAUUGGAUUCCAAAAAGAGUGCGCACCACCUGAAGAGCCGGCCUACGGUGAGGGCAUCUAUUUCACUAGCACGGUGAAGAAGGCCAGGGAAUUGUGGAGGCUAAAAAACGAAGAAUACCUUUACUUUGUGCAGGCAGAGGUGCUGAAAGGAAAAUCCUCUCCUGGUCAACGGGGGCUAAUUCUGCCUCCCCCUGUGGGGUCAGACCCCGGCAUUAUUCACGACAGUGUCACUGGAGGACAUGACAUCUCUGUGAUUUUUAGUGGGUACCAGGCUCUGCCCACGUACAUCAUCACCUGUAAGAGGGUGUGA